AAGAAGGAGCGCGAGAAAGAUUUCGAAAUCCUUUUAACGGCUAUAUCCUUCUUCUUCCUCUAUUUUUCUUUCCUUCUAUUUUCCUUCUCUUCUAAUUCUCUUCAAAUUCAACUCUCUCUCAAUUCACGAAACCCUAAUUUUCAAUGGCAUCAAAGAAGGUUCGGGUCGUAGCCAAAAUUCGCGGCUUUUCUGAUCCAGAUACUGAAAAUUCAAGAACUGUGGAUUGGGUUUCUGUGAAGACUCAAGAUUCUGGAGAUGUUACUAUCUCCUUUAAAGAACAAUCUUCUAGUCGGUAUUCAGUGGACUACUGCUAUAACCAACAUGAUGAUAAUGAAAUGAUCUAUUCAAGGGAAGUGAAGCCUCUUGUUUCGGCAGCUUUUGAAGGUUUUAACAGUACUGUUAUUGCUCAUGGAGCUAGAGGCAGCGGGAAAACUCACUUAAUUCAGGGCUCUUUGGAGAGACCGGGUUUGGCAGCACUGGCUACUUCUGAGUUUCUCUCCAUGGCUGAGAAAAAUGGAAAAUCUAUAGCAGUUUCUCUCUACGAGGUUGAUCAUCAGGACCAUGCUGUCGAUUUAUUAAAUCCAGAACAACCACAAAUUUUGGUGCUUGAAGAUCACGGAAGAAUCCAGUUUAAAGGACUCAGUCAGGCUCCUGUUAAAUCCAUUUCUGAGUUCCAGAAUUUAUACAUCGCUGCAUGUUCUGCAAACAAGGCUGCACCCAAAAAAGGCAUUGAGCGUGCUCAUAGAAGCCACAUAGGAUUAAUUGUGCAUGUCUUCUCCCAAAAUGAAAGUAUGAAUGGUCUUGUGAGCAAAAUGAAUUUUGUGGAUAUGGCAGGUUACGAAGAUGCUAGAAGGAAAAGUAGUGAUGCCUCUGGUCAUGUUGAGAAUAACAAACUUAACAAGUCAAUUUAUGCCUUACUGAAUGUUUGUCAGGCUUUGAGUACAAAUGAAAGUCGUGUUCCCUUCCGGGAAAGUAAACUUACACGCAUGUUGCAGGACUCCUUGAGGGGAACUAGCAAAGUUUUGUUGGUUUCGUGCUUGAAUCCAUCAUUUUGCCAAGACACUGUUUACAUGGUAAGCUUAGCAUCACGGUCAUGUCAAUCGAUUCAUCAAACCCCCUUAGACUCCAUGAAGAAAACUGCAAGUUCAACUAGACAGAUAGCGACCUGGGAUUCCACAAAGAAAAGUGCAAGUUCUGCAAGAGAGAUAGUAACCUUAGAUUCCACAAAGAAAAAUGCAAGUUCAGCAAGAAAAAUAGUGACCUUAGAUUCCACAAAGAAAAAUGCAAGCUCAGUAAGACAGAACGUGGCCACAGAUUCCUCAAACAAAAAAUCAAGCUCAGUAAGACAGACAGUAACCUUAGAUUCCACAAAGAAAAGUGCAAGUUUAGUAAGACAGAACGUGGCCUCAGAUUCUUCAAAGAAAAUAUCAAGUUCAGUAAGACAGACAGUAACCUUAGAUUCCACAAAGAAAAGUGCAAGUUCAGCAAUACAGACAGUGACCUCAGAUUCCACAAAGAAAACUGCAAGUUCAGCAAGACAGACAGUGGCCUCAGAUUCAACCAAAAAAACUGCAAGUUCAGCAAUACAUACUGUGGCCUCAGAUUCCACCAAGAAAAGUGCAAGUUCAGCCAUACAGAUAGUAGCCUCAAAUUCAACAAAGAAAAGCGCAAAUUCAGCAAUACUGACAGUGACUUAUCGCAAAAAAAAGAUACCCCAAAGUGUAUCAGCGUCAACAACGAAAUUACCAGGCUCCAUAUCUCAUAUAAAGGAAAAUGGUGUUAUUGCAACAAAUUCUGCAAUAAAAGGAAGGAAAUUGUUUGACGAAGCCAGCCACUCUGCUGUUAAAGCAGAGAAGGACAAUUCAAUAUCAAAAGAUGGAAAUGACGCCCAAGUAAACUCUAGACUAGAUAAGGAAAUUUCCAUUGCUGAUGUUACUAGAGCAUCGGAGUCUUUAUUGGACAAUUCUUUAUCAGAAGAUGGAAAUCACGAUGAACUAAACUCUAGAGUUGAAAAGGAUAACUCAUCUUUGAAUGCUAGCAGUGAAGUUGAAUUUGAUCCCACAGUGGAAAAGGUUAUUUCAUCUGAGGAUAAACACCCAUAUAUCAUUAAUUACUCCAAAGAUUUGUCGAUAGCAGAUGAAGGUCAUAACAUGAACAAGGAGAACAACAACUUAAUUGAAAAUGAAGAUUUUUCACCACCCAUUAGUUCUCAAUUGCGUGAACUUCAAUCUCUCGUUUCAUCAACUCCAUUGUGUAUGCAGUUACCAGAGAACGAAUGCAUUUCACAUGACGAUGAUCAGAUUUCUGCUAAAAUUGCAGAACCAACAACUCUUGAUACCAAAAGACGAGAUGUAAUGAAUACCAAAAGUCCUUGGGAAACAUUCAACAAGCACGGUUCUGAAAUGGAGAAUUCAACUGAAAUUACAGAACCAAGAACUCCUGAUGCUGGAAGAGGGGAUGUAAUGAAUACCAAAAGUCCUUGGGAAACAUUCAACAUGAAUGGUUCUAGAAUGAAGAAUUCCACUGAAAUUACAGAACCAAGAACUCCUGAUACUGGAAGACGAGAUGUAAUGAAUACCAAAAGUCCUUGGGAAACAUUCAAUUUGCAUGGUUCUGGAAUGAAGAAUUCCCUUGUUAAGGACUACCUUAGAAUUUUAAACACAGCUGAAAAGGAUGAAUUAAAGAAGUUAAAGGGAAUUGGAGAGAAGAGAGCAACCUAUAUACUUGAACUUCGUGAAGAAUCUCCAGAACCUUUCAAGAGUCUUGAUGAUUUGAAGGACAUUGGACUUUCUGAAAAACAGAUUAAGGGAAUGAUGAAGAAGGAAGUUGGAGAGCUUUUCAAUUAGUUUUAAUGGCAUUAUCAAGUGCUUGUAUGUAUAAUUGAUAUUUAUGCUGGCAACCUACAGUUGCCUCUGCGUUGUAUGUCAUUUCCAUAUGUAUCUGUAAUUCAUUACGUAAAAAAAAAAAACGAUGUAUUAGGAAUUCUUUUAUCUAGAUUCAUUAUAUGUAUGAUGAAAUUCAUAUAUUGGACACAUGACAAAGAAAACAAAAUGUGGGACAAGAGAUAAACAAAUAAGGUUCUAGUAUUUAUAAGCAAUUGGAAAUUUGUAUUGUAAGGUACUAGAUUCAUUACUA